UUAUUAGAACUUAGAAGAAGGCUUGCUUGCCGCCUUUCUCAGAGUUUCUUUACAAGAAGAAGAAGAAGGCGUUGAUGGAGGAGGAGAUUGAGGGAAGAAGAGAGCUGUCGAAUUCAAUUCCAAGGGGCGGACCCAUUUACGUACCCAAUCUGGUGGGUCCUCUCUCUUCUGUCCCCAACUUCGAGUCUUCUCUUCUCCUUCAACUUCAGAAUCUAGAGGCAGAAAUAUGUACUUCGGAUUCAUCUCAACCACUUGAUGAAGAUAUUUCGGUUGAUGAACUUAAAAUUUUGAGUGAAGGAGAAUUAGUGGAUAUGGCUAUGAAGGAAGCAUUACAGCAGGGGGAGAACCAUGAUUGUCCCUCACAGCCUUCACAAGAGCCGGCGCGAGAGAAACGAGUUUAUCGCAGGAGAUCACGCAAUAAAAAUGAAUCCCCAGAAAGCAUUACCAGAGGAGAAAAUGUUUCAUCUCCUUUGGAGACCUCAAGUGGAUCUCCUUCAGCAAGUGGUUGCAUUGAAAAUAACAACUCAAGGAAGAGAAAAAAAAGAAAGGCGAAUAAUCAUGCCAUUGAAAAUAGUUAUACUGCAAAGGUGGAGGAACUUGUGAAAAUCAAACAAAAGCAGGACGAGGACAAAGCUGCAGCAAAACUGCAUUCAUUCAAUGCCAGUUGUAAGAUAACUGAAGGUGCCAUUACGUUAUCAGAAAGAACUGAAAGGAUGAAAUCUCUCAGGUUUACACGUUCUGCAACAAAGGUCAAAUCACCAAGCACUGGGGAACAAAUUGCUGUGCAGUAUCCAGAAGUUGUUCUCUCUGUUGAGGUUUACCAUAACUCACGGAAGUGGGCCAAGACUCAAGAGUUUUUGGUCCUAGGACGACAAACCUUGACUGAACUGAGGGACAAAAUCUAUUGCUUAACUGACCAAAUGAUGCAGAAGGCUGGGCAGCAUGAUCCUUCUGGAUAUUUCCUUAUAGAAGAUGUAUUUUGUAACGAUUUGAGGGAUCCUUCUGCUAUAGAUUAUAGCGAACCUAUAUUUGAUUGGCUCAGAAACUCCAAGGAUGAAUCUCUUAAAAAAUGGGAAUGCAUCAUAACUGGGGAAUUACAACAGAAGCAGAAAGCAAUUGUAGGUGAUGUAACAGGCCUGCGAUUGCCUCACUUCAAAGCUGUUAACAUGCACAUGACACGGUUUUGUGAUCUGAAGUUUCGACUUGGUGCUGGAUAUCUCUACUGUCACCAGGGAAACUGCAAGCAUACAAUUGUGAUAAGAGACAUGAGGUUAAUUCAUCCAGAGGACGUGCACAACCGGGCUGGCUACCCAAUAGUCUUAUUUCAACUAAAAUUUCGUGUUCAGAAAUGCAAUGUUUGUAAGAUAUAUAGAGCUACGAAGGUCACAGUCAAUGACAAGUGGGCCCUGAAGAAUCCUUGUUAUUUUUGUAAAGACUGUUAUUUUCUUCUUCACUAUGGUAAGGACGAGUCUCUACUGUACAGUGACUUCUCAGUGUACGAUUAUCUACAUGAUUAAUUGCCGAUGCCCUUCUGGGCAUAUGAUAGUAAGAGGUAUUUAUGAACUAUUGAUUUAUGUUAUUGCUGUAAUACAUAUGACACCCAUCUAUAAUGGAAUGAAAUGGGUAAGGUAAAGCCAAACUACUCAGAAA